UUUUAACGAUAUACAUUUUGUAAAAAUUGAAUAUUAAUUAGUUUUUGUGAUUUCGCUCUUUAAAAGUAUAAAAAAGGCUUUAUUAUAGUUUUAUCAAUGCUUUUUCAACUUAAAUAUUCUGGUCUACGCCAAACACUUCUUCAAAUCCUGAAUUUGUGUCUUGUCUGUUCUACAGCGUAUAUGAUAUGGAAAGGACUCUCAGUUGUUACAAACUGUGAAAGUCCCAUUGUCGUCGUCUUAUCAGGAUCAAUGGAACCAGCAUUUCAGAGAGGCGAUAUCCUUUUCCUUGAUAACCGUCAACAGCGUGUAAAUAUAGGAGAUAUUGUUGUCUAUAGAGUUAAAGAACAUGAUAUUCCAAUUGUGCACCGAGUGAUUCAAGAACGGCAUGGCCAUGAGUCUCAGAAAGUUUUAACAAAAGGGGAUAAUAAUCGAUAUGAUGAUCUGGAGCUUUAUUCAAAAAACCAGGUAUAUCUUGAUAGAGAAAACAUUAUUGGUGUUGUUAAGGGCUUUGUUCCUUAUGUUGGAUGGAUUACACUUGCAAUGAAUGAUUUUCCGAAACUUAAAUAUUGUUUUCUUGGAGGAAUGGGACUUAUUACGCUGAUACAUAGAGAAUAACUUUCUUUUGAAUUAAUAGAAUUUUUUGAAAAAG